AUGGAGUUCUUCGAAAAGGCAGAAGUGGUACGUCUAAGGAGUCACCAUGACAAAUAUUUGUUAGCAGACGAUGACAAAGUGGGUGUCUACCAAGAUCGAAAUGGGACAUACAAAAAUGCGAAAUGGACGGUGGAGAUCGUGGCGGGUGCCGACUUGAUAAGACUGAAGAGUUGCUAUGACAAAUACUUAACAGCCUCCAACAUGCCGUUUUUGUUGGGUGCCACAGGGAAGAAAGUGUUGCAGACCCUUCCCGCAAGGUUAAACUCCUCUUUGGGGUGGGAACCCAUCAGAGAAGGUGUGCAAGUGAGGCUUAGAACACGUUAUGGACAGUUUCUACGUGCCAAUGGAGGCUUACCACCCUGGAGAAACUCCAUCACCCACGACGUCCCUCAGCGGACAUCAACGUCAAAUUGGGUUCUCUGGGAUGUCGAUCUCGUACAGCUUCGAUUAACCCCUCCAGCACCAAUCAUCACACCCAAUCCUCUAGAUGCUGCCAUGUUUGAAUCUCCUUCUCAUUCUCCUCCUUAUGCAGAUGAUGCCUCCUUAAGUUUCCAUCUCAGGUCUCCUGAUCUAUCAACUCAGAAUGAGAAUUUGGUGGAGAGUGUGUCACCAGUCAAAGAUGGAAGGAUUAUAUUUUAUAACGUGGGUGAUGAACACGGGGAUAUUUCUAAAGAAACUGACGAAAAAUUCUUUAAAUUCCAAGGAAGUAGUGUCUAUGAUUUGAAGGAGAAGUUAAAGGAAAAGACUGGGUAUGAUGACAUUGUUGUGUGUUGCCGCAAUCCUCUUGAUGCCAAACUUUAUCCCCUUCGUUUACAAUUACCUCCUAAUAACACUGACAUGCACGUUGUUGUCACUAUUCCUUCCCAUAUAUGA